CGCGUAUUUGCAACAGCUCUAGAACUUUUUUAUUUUUGUGAAGUGAAUAUCGAACUGAUUUUUAGUUAAAUUUACCGCAAGAUGUCGAAUAACGCAGCUCCAGAGAGUUGGGAAUCGCAGGCAGAUUCCAUAUCACCUAAUAACUCUCCUAGUCAAGAUGCAGAUGUGACUCCAAAGUUUUCCACGUUGAACGUGAAUGCAGUAGAAUUUGUGCCUUCGUUUGCUUUUUCUAAAUCGCCAGCUGAAAAACAGGAUGAAUCUCCUUCAUCUAAUGCCUCCGAAGCUUCCCCAGAACACCUUAUCCUUAAUGGAACAAAUGUGGAAUCCAGCGAACAGGUGGAAGUUAAGAAUCCACCAAUCAUUCCACCCGCUGAUGGAGAUGCAUCUCCUGGAGAUGGUGGAACCUGGGAAGACGUUGCAGAAGAUGAUCCUAUCAUCACUCCAGAUGGAGAUGAGGAAGAGCCAUCUUCAGAGGAGGCACCAAUAAAGAUUCCUAAGAAAAAAAUCAUCAAGCAAGAAGUUGUAGGAGAGAAGAAAGAACACGUAAAUGUGGUGUUCAUUGGACAUGUCGAUGCUGGAAAAUCGACAAUCGGUGGGCAAAUCAUGGCCUUGACUGGAAUGGUUGAUAAAAGAACAUUGGAGAAAUAUGAACGAGAAGCAAGAGAAAAGAGUAGGGAGUCUUGGUACUUAUCAUGGGCAUUGGACACAAAUCAGGAAGAAAGAGACAAGGGCAAAACUGUUGAGGUAGGUAGAGCCUUCUUUGAGACUGACAAGAAGCAUUUCACCAUAUUGGACGCCCCUGGUCAUAAAAGUUUCGUACCUAACAUGAUUGGCGGUGCAGCUCAGGCAGACCUGGCGGUUCUAGUCAUAUCGGCCAGAAAGGGCGAAUUCGAAACUGGUUUCGACAGGGGGGGACAGACCAGAGAACACGCAAUGUUAGCAAAAACGGCCGGCGUUAAGUAUUUAGUAGUAUUGGUUAAUAAAAUGGACGAUCCUACUGUCAACUGGGACGAAACAAGAUACAACGAAUGCAGGGACAAGAUACUCCCCUACUUGAGAAAAUUAGGUUUUAAUCACAAUAAAGACUUGUUCUUUUUGCCUUGCUCAGGUCAGACAGGACAAGGGUUGAAGGAACAGACUGACGAGAAAUUGUGCCCGUGGUAUAGGGGCCCCGCUUUUAUUCCAUUCAUCGAUAGUUUGCCCUCGCUCAACAGAAAAAAUGAUGGUCCCUUCAUCAUGCCAAUUGUAGAUAAAUAUAAGGAUAUGGGAACGGUUCUAAUGGGAAAAGUCGAAUCUGGUGAAUGUAGAAAAGGACAAAGUAUGGUCAUCAUGCCAAACAGGACGCCUGUCACUGUUGAUAUGUUGCUUUCGGACGAUGACGAGGUAAACAGGGUGGUGCCCGGCGAAAAUGUGAAGAUCAAAGUGAAAGGAGUGGAAGAAGAAGAUGUUAGUCCCGGCUUUGUUCUGUGCGACGCUAUCAAUCCGAUACAUACCGGAAGGGUGUUUGAUGCUCAAUUGGUUAUACUUGAACACAAAUCGAUCAUUUGUGCAGGUUAUAGUGCUGUCAUGCAUAUUCACUGUGCUGCAGAGGAAGUCACCGUCAAAGCCUUAAUAUGUUUGGUAGAUAAAAAAACAGGUGAAAAGAGUAAAACUAGGCCGAGAUUUGUCAAACAAGACCAAGUAGCUAUCAUGAGAAUAGAGUGUGCCGGUGUUAUUUGCUUAGAACCUUUCAAAUCAAUGCCUCAGAUGGGUAGAUUCACUCUAAGAGAUGAAAAUAAAACAAUUGCCAUUGGCAAAGUCCUAAAACUCGUGGAAUAAGAACUUUUCAUAGUAUAGUUUGUAAAGAUAUUGAAAACUGACAGAAUGUCAUCGAUGCGAGGUUAAAUGUCAAAGCUGGACAUUACACAAUAAUGCUAUAAUUUAAACAGUUCCGUGUUGUCCACCUUUUUCAUAACCUGUUGAAACGGUUGGUGCUGCCAUCUUGUAGCUGAUGUUAAUAUAACGAAUUGUUGUCUAUUAUAUAUUAGCUUUUUAGUACAUAAUUAUGUUCAUCAUUACUUAUAUGGUGUAUUGGUUCAUUUUAGAUUAAUUACAUUUUUCUUUUUUGUAUAUUUUGAUUUGAGUUAUUUAUUUUGAAUCAUUCGCAAUUGUGAAAUUGUGCGAUGUUGACAUCAAUGUUAUUGAUAAUCAAUAUUUUAUUGAAAGAGCAUAUUUUCAAAUUUCUAGUUUUAUACUUUCUGAACAAAUAAAAGGAUAUUUCGACGAAUAUCGAUUCGCUUGAUGAGCGUGAAAAAUGUUUAGCUUUUUAAUCAAUUUAAGGUUGCCUUUGGAUUUGAUUGAAUAAGUUUUUUGUUCAGAAAUUAUAUGACAAAUUUUUUUUUUUAUGCUUACAUUUGAAGAAAAUCAGAUUCAAGUCACACAUGUAAUGAAAAAUAUUUGGGAAAUUGGGAGGUGAAUCACUUUAUUGUAAAUCAUUGAUUUCACCGCAGUUCCUAAGGGGAGAAAAUAGUGUGAAAACUUUCAUAAAAAAUUUGAAGGUAAUAUGAAUGCAGCGAUAUGUUUUGAAACUCGAUACAAAUAUAAGGGGUGCUGACUUACCCAGUACAUUUUUCUUA